AUUCCCAGUUAUUAAUAACAUUGAGCCCAUUUGGGUACUGUGCGAUCAACAAUAUCUUGUGACCGACUGAGGGUUUCCAAGGGGCAUUCGGACGAGUCUGUCACUGGAUAAAGCCAAACGGAAGCUCAAGGAACCAAGGUCUCGGGGGUUUAAUGGCACGGCAGACGUUCACCUUCACUUCUGCCUCCCUCCGCUCUCUCAGACUGGAACAGGAGAUGCAGGAUUGGGAGGAGGCGCGGCGGGAGCUGGCCCACAGGCGAGCCAUGUCUCGGAGGCCACUGCCACCUGCUCGCAGUACCAGACCCCAACCUCGAACCGGCAAGAUUCAGGAGGUCAGGGCACCUCCACCGCAGAUCCGCUGUAGAGACCCAGCAGUCCACAACACCUUCAUGUGUGGAGACAUGGCUGGUAUCUAUGCUGUCCUUAAAGAACCUGGCAUGGUCAAUGCACUGAUGGAGACUGUACAGGAGGAGAUGGUGUGGGCACCAGAAAUGGGUAUGUGGACCCUCUCCACCAAGACCAAACAGACAUCUGCACUGCGGCUGGCAGCCAGCAGGGGGCACUCUGGCUGUGUGGAGGAGUUGCUGUUUCGCGGGGCCGAGGUGAACGAGGACCCUGGAGGUCGAACGGCCCUCCACGACGCCUGCUUGGGUGGUCAUGCCAAUUGUGUCCAUUUGCUUCUCAACCAUGGAGCAGACCCUGAUGUUCUGGCAGAGGACGGCAACGCUCCUCUUCACCUGUGCAACACUGCAGAUACCUAUCAGUGUGCGGAGUUGUUGGUGAAAAGCGGCGCCGAUGUGAACAUCUCCCACCGCCAGAGCCGCCUCACCCCACUGCACAUGGCGGCGCGGCGGGGCCUGGACGAGCACGUGGAGCUGCUGAUCACCCAUGAUGCAGACGUGGCCGCCCAGAAUCUGGAGGGCGAGACCCCGCUCAACGCCGCCUGCUGCGGGGCAGAGAGGGCAUCGGAGGUCGGCCGGUACCUGCGCGUGGUCAAGAGGCUGCUGGAGGUAGGUGCCGACCCGAGAAAGGCCGGCAAGAAGCAGCACACCCCGCUACACAAUGCCUGCGGCAACUGCAGCCCACGCAUCGCCCACCAUCUGCUCCAGCACGGGGCUCGCGCAGACGCCGCCAACUGCUUUGGUUAUACGCCAAUGGACUGCCUGCUGCAGGUGGGAGUGGGAUAUUGGCAGGUGGUAGAGGAUUACCCUGACCAGCAUCCUGAGGAUAUUGCUCGCAGCCUUUUUAACCAUGGAGCUCAGCCACCAUCACCAAUGAUGCUGAAGCUCUGUCUCCUGUCCCCGGCCACUUUGGAGGUGAUGAUCAACUCAUACCAUGUUGUCCCACCUUGUGAGGACUGGAUAGACAAGGUUCCACAGGAUCUCAAGAUGGCGAAUCAAGCCUUGUUUGAAUCUGUGCAGAGAAUGACAGGACAGCCUCGGUCCUUACAGCACCUAUGUCGCUGUUCUGUCCGGUCUUAUUUGGGAGAAAAGUGUCACUCUGCUAUAAACGACCUCAACAUCCCCAGCUGUAUGAAAGACUACCUAUUACUAUGCUUGGAAGGAGAGAUUAGAUAGGUUUAGUAAAACAGAUUCUCACUAAAAAUAAGAGAAUGAACAUGUGAACGUGGUGAUGUACCUCCUACUUUAAAGUGUGAACAUAAAUUCAUUUUGUUAAGUAGAUUAUAAACACCUUAGAAAAGUUUUUAAAAACCUAUAUUUAAAGAUGUACGAUUGUAAAAUAUCAGUCUUUCCAUUCUACACUGUUGUUCCUUCAAGUCAGGUGUGCUGUAGAAUUUCGAAGAAUCCAAUGCAUGUGUUUACAGGCUCAUGAAAUAGGCUAGAGUAGAAUGUUUGAAUGCAUCAAUGACACAGCUUCUUAAUUUAGAACAGUUUUAUAGAUUUACAACUUUUUAAACCUGUUUUUAGUAGGCAAACAACGAUUCUGUUUGCCACAAUAGUCUACCUACAGUCACAAUUGUUUCACCUGCAACAACUAGUGACAAAUCUGAAGAUGAGGACUCUCAAAACUUUGGCAGCACCCUUUCCCUUGUUGAACAACUGAAUAAAAUCUCCUUUCCCAA